AUGGUAAGCUGCCUCGUCUAUUCAGAUUAUUUAUCUCAGACGCCCUCUCUUGCAGUUCGGCCUUCUAUUCGCACCAUUCCGUAUGCUUGCCAGAGGCCUUUCAAAAUUGAUGUUCGGAGAUGAUCCGCCUCCGUCGACUGCGUCUACUCCAACUCAGCCGAUUGGCAGCUCCACCGUCGUGUACACGCCCGCGCCGCCGGCCACCACAACUGAAGUUUCCGACACGUUGACCGUCGUUGUCUUUCUCCUUUUCAUGACGAUACUUCUCGUGUCUGUCAGUGGCUCUGGAGCCUUCUGUUUUUGGAGAAAGAAGAAAAGGGAGGCGGCUGCUGCAGCUGCUUCUCAGAAUUCUUCCGAUGCGGAGACCGGAGCAGGAACAACGACUGCGAGCACGACUAGCACGGCGAGCACGAUGGGAACGUCGAAGGGAAGCACGAUGGGAACGUCGAAGGGAAGCACGAUGGGGAAUACGAAACGCAGCACGAUGGGAACGACUGGGGGAAAGAAGACAAAGGGAAAGAAGAGGAGCUCGUCUAUUGGUUGAAGAGCGUCCUUUUACUUGUUAUGUACUCAUUUAUUGUUCGGAUCAACAAUAAAUAUUUGAGUUAUUGAUCAUUUCUUUCAAUACUUCGCCGUGAAGACCCUUGGCUCGGCCAUCAAGGGCUACUCACUGUUCGGCCAUUGCUUGUUCUGAUCUUAGAACGAUCACUCGAGUCUGCUCUUCUAACGAUGAUAGGGGUAAGAUUGUACUCCAACGCGACGACACUUCCAUCUGUUUCAGUUGAUUUCAACUGCUCUCACUGUUCUCAACUACGUCCCCAAUCUUCUGGGAAUCGGAUCUCCAAGUCCAACACCAUUUCCUGCUCCGACGCCUCCGCCGACGCCACCUCCACCAGGGGAAACUCCGCCGCCGCCGCCUCCUCCGACUAGUGCCCCGACCACAGCCGAACCGUCGAUUGCGGUGGGGCUCGGAUUCCUUGCUUUUGUUCUCAUUAUCUGUGCACUCAUCGGCGUCGGCAUCUUCUUCUUCAUGAAAAACGGGAAGAAACAAAGAGCUGUUUCGAAGGUCUAA